GAAGAAAGUGUGCCCUACAACCCAACCACAAAAUGGGAAGCAAAAAGAAAAAAAAGAAACCCCCCUAUCCCUUAAAUAAAUCCCAGAAAAUGCAGAUUUAGAGCUAGCGCAGAUUCUCCAAGAAAAAACCCGUCUCUCUAGUCUGUAUAAAAGGGGCAGCGCCACAAAACUUGUCUCCCAAACAAGCGAAGCCGGAUAUCAUCCUCCGAUCCCCGAGCAGAAUUAAACCUCACCUAACCCCUUCCCAUCCCAUGGCCGACCACCCCGUCGCCGGCGAGCACCACCACCCAUCGCCCGCAAGCUCGGCCGCCACGGCGCUGGGCCCUCUACUCCUCCUCCCGUCGGAGCUCCUCCACGAGAUCCUGCUCCGCCUCGCCGUCCCGGAGCUCCUCCGCGUGCGCUCCGUGGCGCGCCCGCUCUCCAGCCUCAUCUCCUCCCCGGACUUCCGCCGCCUCUACCACCUCUCCUCGUCGCCCUCGGGUCCCGGCCCGGCCGCCGCGUGGCUGCUCCUCUUCAAGAAGCUCCCGCCCCGCGACGCCGCCAUCAGGGGCUUCCACGGGCCCUCGGGCCGGUGGUUCCGCAUCCCCGUCUCGUCCAUCCUCGCCCCCGCCGUGCCGCCCGGCGAGGACCUCUACUUCCUGGCGGCCUCCGCCAGCUCCUUCCUGUUCGCCGCCAACGGCCGCCGCGAGCUCGUCGUCGUCGACCUCACCGCGCGCGCCGCGCGCCGCCUCCCGCCGUCCCCGCUCGGCCCCCGCGGCACCUCCUCCUGGCGUCGCUUCGGCCUCAAGCUCGUCGCCGAUCCCCCCGGAUCGAACCGGUUUAGGUUUCUGUUUGCGGAGCUGGUGAACAACACGCCAUUCCUCUUCGAGUACCGGUCCGAGACGGACACGUGGCAGCAGUCGGAGGCGGUCCUGGCCGAGGGCGAGGGGGCAGAGCCAGCGGCGAGGGCGGCCGCCCCAGACGGAGACGGCGGCGGCACGUACCUCUGCGCGGCGCACGCCGGGCCAGACUGCGUGAUGGUGUACGCCGGGCCGCGCGCGGACGACCGCCCGGUCUUCUUCCGGCCCCGGUUCCCGAACGCCGCCGCGGGACACGGCGGGGAGCGGCAGCACGUGUACGGCGACGGGAGCGCGGCCGUGGUGCGGUCGGCGGCGAUCGACGACCCGACGAGCCGGACCCGGGUGAAGGUGGUGACGGGCGUGGACCUGUACGGGUUCGGGGCCGGCGCCGUGGGCGGCGACUGGGAGCUGGUGGCCAGCGUGCCGGGCGACCUGGUGGAAGGGUUCCGGAAGCCGUACGCCGCCAUGACGGGCCUGCUGGCGGAGCGGGAGGGCGUGGUCCGGCUGGUGCUCAUCUCCAACUGCCGGGGCGCGUGGGACCUGGUGUGGCUGUCGUACGACCGCGCGCGCCGCGAGUGGCGGUGGGUGCCCGUGCCGGACUGGGGCAGCAGCAAGGGGCUCAACAUGGCCGGCAUCGCCGUCUCCUCCACCUUCUCCCGCCUCUGGCCGCUGGCCGCGCCUGCGCCGGCGUCCAGCAGCAGCAGCAGCCACCAGUGAAGCGAAAGCGAUGAUCCGGGAGCCCGUGUCGUCGCAUGUUGAUGCGCGCGCGCGCGUGCUGUACGUGUACGUACAGGGGGGUGUGUGUGUGUGCGCGCGUGCGUGCGAGAGUGGGCGAGUGCUGCUGGGGGUCCAACGCGCGCGCGGCCGUGUCCCCCAGUCCCCCACGCCACGAGAUGUGAGCGGGCGGUUCGUCGUUUCCAUGUGGAGUGGGGGCCAUGGCGUGGCGUGGCGUGGCGUGGCAUGAUCCCGCAUCAUAGCUUCGCCGAUGGGGACAAUGCCCGUGAGAGCGAAAUGUUUCAGAUAAGGAAUGGCUAGUGGUGUGUCAUGUGUGCGUGCUUCUUUCUAUUUUGUAUAAUACAGCUACUACUUCAAGUUUAUGGAGUGUUUAACAUGACUCUUUUAGAGGAGCUCGAGCCGGCUCAUUCAAAACAGUUCUGACUCCUCUACUUUUUA